AUGCGAUUGUGCCUUGAGCUAAUAUCUAGUGGGAAGAUCAUGGAAUCCGGUACAUUUGAUGAGUUGCUGACAAAGAGUGAAGAAUUUCAGGACCUUGUUAAUGCACAAAAAACUACUUCUGAUCCUAAAUGUCAAGAAGUUCAUGCUACUAAUAAAAGGCCUAUGGAAGCUGAGAUAGAGUUUGAUAAUAAUGUUUCCUCCGAGGAACGAGAUGAUGUAGUUUUUCUAAAAGGAGAUCAAUUAAUCAAAGCAGAAGAACGAGAAGUAGGAGACGCUGGAUUGAAGCCAUACAUACAAUAUCUAAAGCAUAACAAAGGAUUCUUGUAUUUCUCCUUGGCAGUCAUUGUUCACUCAAUGUUUGUAGUUGGGCAAUAUAUACAGAGCUACAAGUUGGCUAUUGACCUUCAAGAUUCUAGUGUUAGCAGAUUAAAGUUAAUCAGGGUCUACACAGUCAUUGGCCUUAGUGUAAUACUCUUUCUGAUUUUAAGAUCCGUAUUAGCGGUAAAGCUGGGGCUUGGUGCAUCAAAAUCAGUUUACACUACACUGUCAAGCUCUCUUUUCUUUGCACCAAUGUCCUUUUUUGACUCGACGCCUUUUGGAAGAAUGCUUAGUCGGGUAUCUUCAGAUUUGAGCAUUGUUGACAUUGAGUUGCCUUUCUUACUGAACUACACUGUUGGAUCAAUCAUUAUUUCAUACUCUACCUAUGCCAUCCUGUGUUUUUUCGCUCCAGAGGUCCUGCUGAUCAUCGUGCUUAUGAUUUACGUAACAAUAUCAGUUCAGAGGUACUAUAAUGCUUCUGCUAAAGAACUGAUGAGAUUAAGUGGAACGACAAAGUCUUUAGUCGCCAAUCAUUUAGCUGAAAGCAUUUCUGGGAUAAUGACUAUUCGAGCUUUUGGACAGGAAGGCCGUUUCUUUUUGAAGAACUUGGAGUUUAUCGAUAAAAAUGCUAGGCCAAUAUUCCAUACAUUUUCAGCAACUGAAUGGUUAAUUCUACGUUUGGAGACAAUAUGCACGAUUAUCAUGUCCUCAUGGAUGCUUGGCAUGACAUCUCUUCAUAGCGGGAGCUCUGGACUUACUGGAAUGGCAUUCUCCUAUGGCCUAUCACUAAAUGCAAUACUUGUUUGGUGUGUUCAAUGUCAAUGCACAUUAGAAAAUUCUAUAAUCUCUGUAGAAAGGCUAGAACAAUACAUGAGAAUACCUAGUGAAGAAUCUGAACUAGUGCAAACAAACCACCCUCUACCUGGUUGGCCUACCUGUGGCAAAGUGGAAAUUCGCGACCUAAAGGUGAGGUACAGGCCAAAUGCUCCAUUAGUUCUUCAAGGUAUUCGUUGUACAUUUGAAGGGGGACAAAAGAUUGGAGUUGUAGGUAGAACAGGCAGUGGGAAAACAACUCUUAUCAGUGCAUUGUUUCGACUAGUUGAGCCUACAGAUGGCAAGAUCAUCAUCGAUGAAUGUGAUAUUUCAACGAUUAGGCUUCAUGACCUUAGGUCGCGUAUUGGAAUUAUUCCACAAGAUCCUACACUCUUUACAGGUUCUGUAAGAUACAAUUUAGACCCCUUAUCAAAAUAUAGUGAUGAACAGAUAUGGAAUGUUCUUGAUAAGUGUCAGCUUAGAGAGGCUGUCCAAGAAAAAGAAGGGGGACUAGAUUCCUCAGUUGUACAAGAUGGAUCAAACUGGAGCAUGGGACAGAGACAAUUGUUCUGUCUGGGACGCGCGUUGUUGAAGAGGAGUCGAAUUCUAGUGUUAGAUGAAGCCACUGCUUCCAUUGACAAUGCUACAGAUGCAAUUCUGCAGAAAACAAUCAGGCUAGAAUUUGCAGACUGCACAGUCAUAACAGUUGCUCACAGAAUUCCAACAGUUAUGGAUUACACUAAAGUUUUGGCAAUAAGUGAUGGGAGAUUAGUUGAGUUUGAUGAACCAAAGAAGUUGAUAAACAAAGAGGGAUCAUUAUUUAGAAUGCUUGUUAAAGAGUAUUGGGCUCGUGUUGAAAAGUGAAAUAACUAGAAAAAUUUGAUAUUGGGGCAUAAUUAUUGUAUUUGAAUUAAUUAUAAAGUUGCAUUAUAUGUUUCACAUUUGCAACUAGGCUAUCACAAACCAACUUGAAUUGUUGGUUACUUGUAUGUCAAUGGAAAAUCAGAUACAAUAUUUAUUUGUUCAAAAUUUCUUAUCCAAAAUAACUUAAUUAUAAAUUACCUUGUUAG